UAAAGAAAUACUAUUUCCAUAAGAAUAAUUAUCAAUAGAAAUAUCGUUUGUACGGCACCACUGCAUUCCGCCAGUGUUUCUUUCUUUUCGCAACAUUUUUGCCUCUAGCUGUCGCUGCAUUACGAACACUACUGAAAUCAACAUAAAUGUUUGAAAUUGAAAUUUAAUUGGUGUUCCUGCUGUUCUAAAAUAACUUUUUGCUAAGAUCCACUAAUAAUUAAUCUUUGGAAAUGUAUUUAAUAUCGACGGGGAAGACUACUGUGCUUUCGGAUUUUAGUAAUUUAGAUACAAAAUCUAUUUAUCAGCAUGCAAAUGGAGAAACAACGGAUUUUCAGUUUUACGCCAGACAGCGUAUUUUUCUGGAGGUGAAUAAAAAGUCGGGUCUGGAAAUUAUGCGAAUUAAGGAUAAGGGCAAUAACAAUUUAGAUAUUCAACGAGUGCGCAAACUAAAUAUCGGAAAUGUCUACAGUGUCGCUUGCGCAAAGCAAUCGCUGGAAGAAAUGGCUUUUGGUGGAGUAAAUGGGCAAGUUAGUAUAUACAAUUAUAAAAACACUGAGCUGAUACACCGUUUUAAAGCCGAUAAUAAUCGUAAUAGCGUUUUGUAUUUGGAUUACAAUGGCACGGAUGAGUAUAUAUCUUCUGUGUUUGAAAGUGGUCAAAUCAACAUAUACGGAACAAAAACAAAGACAAAAAUCGAUAGCGUAAACAUAGAUGGCAACUCUACUCUGGCACGUUUUCAUCCUACCAAACGUUUUCAACUUUCAAUAGCAUCAUUUAAGGGCGCAGUAACAGUUUACGAUUUGCAAACUAAACGCAAAAUAUUUAAUUUAAAUGACGCACACACUUCGCCUUGUCGCGAUUUAUGCAUGUCCGCUGCAACACCCGAUUCUCUAAUAAGCGUCGGUUACGAUUGUAUUGUUAAUGUGUUCGACACGCGACGUAGAACACCACAAAUGAAACUAAAUCAUCCUCAUCCACUGUCAACGGUGGCAAUGAGUGGUUGUGGCACAUACUUUUGUGUGGGAAAUUUAAAGGGUGAAUUGAUUUCAUAUGAUAUACGGACGGUUAAAAAAUGUUUAGCCACGAAAAAAGUGCAUGAUUGCUCUGUUACAAGGCUAUCAUUUGUGCCGCUGCCUGAAGACGACGGAAGCACUACCACAAGUUUCAGCGGCAUAUUAGCUAACAAUACUGGUAGUCCAUCGGAUAAUAUUGGCGAACAACAAAAAUCGACCGCAACAAUGCGACAACGUGACUCCUUUUGUGAUUUCCUAGAUUUUCAGGCGAAUAAAUUAGAUCGCGCAUCGGCUCGUUUCACAAUGCGACGCGACAGUUUUGAUUGGGAUACACUUGGACGCAAACCCAAAACCGAGGAUACACGCCCAACCAUAUCGAAACUGAACGGGAGCAGUGAAAACCUUAAUGAAUCUGCUGAAAAAUCGAAUGAAAACAUUUCCAAUGGAAAAUUAAAUGUGAGUUUCGAUUAUGUAAAUACACGGCGUAAGAACUUUGAGGACGGUAAAAAACCAUUUACGGUAAUAUCUACAGCUCCACUACGCGACCGGAAUAGUAUAUCAAAAAUGGUUACUAAUUUGAAACAAAUUGAAGAAGAGGAAUUCGCUCACAUUACACAACAAAACAAUGUUAGUCAUGACAGUGAUAAGGAGAAUCCAUCGAAUGCGGAAAUGGAUUCCGACGCCGAUGGUCAACUGCGUAAACCGUUAAAUACAUAUAAUAGCACACCAAUAGAUAACAUAAAAUUCAAAAAACUAGAACAUAUAAAGUCAGAAAUAAUCAACGAAAAUAAGCAUGUAGAAACUGUAAAUACUAUUGAAAAUAAGCAUGUAGAGGCUGUGAAUAUUACUGCCACACAAGGUGAUAUUUUACAGCACAUUGCAAAUUUGCGCUUGGAAAUGAAUACGCGAUUUCAAAAACUAGAAUCGGAAAUAAAAUUUAACGCUGAGCAAAAUAAGUGGCAAAUGUUUACGCAAAUAGCUGACAUUUGGGCACGUCAAAUGAACACUAGUGAAGAUAUACGUGAUGCGCUGAGUUAUCUGCUGCAAACUGAUCCUUUUGUCAACGAAUUUUUGCGUUUGAAAGAUGAAAACGAAUUAUUGAAAGCACAGCUACAGCAAAUCAUGGAAAAAAAGUAGUUAAAUGCCUUUUUCAUAGUUGAACAUUUCGUUGAAAAGUAAAUUAAUAAAAAAAAAUUUAUUUUGAUCUCCAAGAUCUGUAGAAAUAAAUAUAAUGUAGUGAAUUAAGAAAACGCACUGAGUAGAAACUUAUUAAAACGAAAUUGUAUUUCAUUUAUUGCAUAAUUCCACGCAAAAAGACUUUAUGCUGCCAAAACAAAAAUCAUACAUGUAGAAAUAAAAAUUUACUAACUAAUAAUUAAAUGUUUAACAUAAUUGUAUACUUUAUUAGUGCAAAUAUAAAGUUUUGCCAGUUAAUAAAUUGAGUUUUAAAAAAUUACUGCAAAUAUUAUACACAUCAAAAUUAUUAAAAAUCAUAUAUAAGUAACACAAA